AUGCAUUGGAAAAACUUGUCUCGAAAUUUAUACCAAGAUAAGUGGUUUAGAAGUAGUGAAAUGAGGACAUUAAGUGGCUUACCUAGAUUUGGGGGGGUUUAUGGAGGUUUUAGGAAGGUGCAUGGGGUCUAUCCAAGUACAUUAAGAUCGCUUUCAACAUGUACUGCAUUACUAAACAAAGAAACUACACAUUUCGGAUCUAAGACGGUGUUCAAGGAAGAAAAGGAAAAGUUUGUUGGGAAUGUUUUCUCAUCUGUGGCAUCGAACUACGAUAUCAUGAAUGAUUUGAUGUCAGUUGGAGUGCAUAGGUUAUGGAAGUCACACUUCAUUAACAAGUUGGAUGCUGGUAAGAGGCUUAAUUCGAAUGAGCCUUUGGACUUUAUUGAUGUUGCUGGGGGGUCUGGUGAUAUUGCGUUUGGUCUGCUUGACCAUGCGGAACGGAAGUUUGAAGAUACUGUGUCUACUAUGCAUAUUGUUGAUAUCAACGCAGAUAUGUUACGGGAGGGCGAGAAAAGGGCGAUGGCACAGAACAAAUACUACAAUGAUCCGCGGGUUACUUUUAUGAUACAGAAUGGCGAGACGCUGGAAGAUAUCCCCUCUAAUUCGAAAGAUAUUUACACAAUUUCUUUUGGUAUCAGGAAUUUCACGGACAUCCAGGCUGGAUUGAAUACAGCAUAUAGAGUAUUAAAACCAGGUGGCAUUUUUUACUGUUUAGAGUUUUCUAAGGUUGAAAACCCGGUAAUUGAUUUGGUUUAUCAGCAAUGGUCCAAGCUGUUACCUUUUAUGGGUGUUUUGGUUAUGAAUGACCAUAGUUCAUACCAAUAUCUUAUUGAGUCUAUCCAAAAGUUCCCACCCCAGGAGGAAUUCAAGGCGAUGAUCGAGCAGGCUGGCUUCCAGUCUGUCGGCUACGAGAGCCUUACUUUCGGGGUUUGCUCAAUUCAUUGGGGAAUUAAGGUGUGA